CUGACUUCUUUCUCUUUCUGUUUCUCAUGUUGAAUUUCCUCCACCCUCAACCACCUCCUCCUCUUCUUCUUCUUCUUCUUCUUCUUCUUCUUCUUCUUCUUCUUCUUCUUCUUCUUCUUUCAUCCCUCCCUUCUUUCCACCACAACCCACACUUCCACCACACUCCCUCCAUCCCUCCUCACCCUCUCCCCUUCGACCACAUCCCAUCAAAUCCCCUGCUUCCGUAACUACCUCCAAAGUCCCAGCCCGGAUAGACAACUCGGCCCUUUUCCCUCCUCGUGGCCUGACAAGCUAUACACCCACUUUUCUCAUAGCCUUGUAGGCAAUGACCUUUCUUUUCACGGCCUGCAACAAUUCUUCUCCUGUUCGGAAUGCGUUGUUAACAUAUGCUUUCUCUUCCUCUUAUUUCCACUUACUGUCUUCACUUGCUGAAUAACAGCAAGUGCUGGCAUGGUUACUUGUUCCUGGCAACUGGCACGCACACAUUCAAUGGCCAAUUCGACAAACCACACUGAACCUGUCCUGGAGGCGGAGGAUCCUUCUCG